GGAAACUAUACGCCGACCUCGACCCCAAAUUUAGAAUACAUGCGGACUUGCAGCUGGGCGCCUAAAGCAUCAUGACGCGAGUGCAUACCUUUCUCGUUUCCAAUGCCCAUCAUCGUGAACUGAGUCAGAGAAGCGAUCGGAGAAGAAUGCCUUUAAAUACGAGCCCUCAAUCAGGAUUUCCUCAUCAUGUUACAUACAUGUAUACUUCAUGAAUACAACUCUUGUGUACAGUCUAUUAUUGACGAAUUCUAAUUGUUUAAUUUGAACACCCACCUCCAUACUAUGGCACACACGGAUGUUCUCAUCGUCGGAGCAGGGCCAACGGGCCUCGUUCUCGCUCUAUGGUUAAUUCGCCAAGGUGUCAACGUGCGCAUUAUCGACAGAUCAGAAGCCAAGGCAUCCACGUCGCGAGCGAUGGCAAUCCACGCCCGCACCCUCGAGCUGUAUCGCCAGCUCGACCUCACCGAAGAUGUGGUUGCAAACGGCCAUAAGAUCGCAGCGACCAAUAUAUGGGCCGGCGGAGUCCAUCGCUCCCAUGUUCCGUUUGGUGAUCUUGGUACGGGCCUCACGCCCUACCCGUUCAUACACAUAUAUCCCCAGGAUCGGCAUGAACGAUUGUUAGAGGCGCGAUUGAACACAAUGGGCGUGCAUGUCGAGCGCAACCGCGAAUUGAUCGAUUUUCAAGAGCAGGGGUCAAUUAUCACAGCACGACUCAGGGACCUUACAAAAUCUCACAUCAACAAUGGCGACAUCGACACUUGCGAAGCAAGUUUCAUCGUUGGUUGCGACGGCGCUCAUUCUGCCGUCCGCCAGAGCUGCGGGAUCGGUUUCGAAGGGGCUACAUACUCAAAGCUGUUCUAUGUAGCUGACAUCGAGGGUAGCGGACCCAGUUUCAACGGUCAAGCGCAUUUGAGUCUCAAUGACGGGCAAUUUUUCUUGCUCAUGGCGUACGACAAGGACCGCCGUGCACGACUCAACGGUGCCGUCGAUGAAAGCGCACUGACGAAGGACAUUUCCGACCUCACGCUCGACGACGUUGCGCCAGACUGCGGCAAGGCUGUGGGCAUCACGAUCGAUAAGGUGAACUGGUUCAGCACCUACCAUGUGCACCACCGUGUGGCCGAAGCCUUUCGCAGCGGAAGGGCUUUCCUUGUCGGGGACGCGGCGCACAUCCACAGUCCGGUCGGAGGACAAGGGAUGAACACCGGGAUCGGCGAUGCCAUUAACCUCGCCUGGAAGCUUGCAGCAGUGAUUCAGGACAAAGCGGAUAUGUCUCUCCUCGAUAGUUACGAAGCCGAGCGCCGUGCGUUCGCAUCACUGCUGGUGAACACAACGGAUACGGCAUUCAACGCUAUUGCCUCGGAGGGGUAUCUGUCUUAUUUUAUUCGGACAUGGUUCAUCCCCUAUGUGUCUCCUAUUAUGUCCAAGUUUGACUUCGUGCGACAAAGAAUGUUCCGUGGCGUGUCUCAGAUCAUGCUAAAUUAUCGGGAUAGUGCGCUGUCGGCGGGCUCGGCUGGUACCAUCCAAGGAGGUGACCGUAUCCCUUGGGCUCCCGUGGGCGAACUCGAUAAUUUCCAGAGCUUGGAGGAGAUUACAUGGCAGGUCCAUGUAUAUGGUGAAGCCAAAGAUGGUCUGAAAGAGUGGUGUCAGUCCAAGGAAAUUCCCCUGCAUGUAUUUCCUUGGGAUACCAAAUAUCAGUCGGUCGGCCUGGGAAAAGAUGCAGCAUAUUUGGUCCGGCCGGAUACGUAUGUUGCAGUGGCGGAGCCCUCUGGCCUACCGGAACGAUAUGAUCAAUAUUUGAACGAUAACAAACUCCGACUAUAAACAACACUCUUGCAGGAUUUGUUCCAAUUUGCCUACGAUUUGCACCUCGCAGUUCUGUGUAUUUGCAUUUGCAAGAAGGCGUGCUUGGCGUUCUGGUUCUCUGGUCACUUAUUAAUGUGCUGUUAUGAUAUAUGGCUAGACGAUACUCUCUAUUCUACAAACGAGAAUGUACAUCAACCUCCUUUGUAUCGUUAAUCCUUGGUAUGCGACGAGCAUCCUCCUCCUCAUAAGCCUUUUUCCACACCUCUUGGACCUAAAUAUCUGUGUUAGCAUCGGAGGUAGAGCGAAGCAUGAUUGUAAACUUACAUUAUAGUGAUAUAGCCAAUCGUGAGCAUCCGUCCAUUUAUUCUGGACAUUGGCCACUACAAUCUCGUCAAAGGAGGUUAGGUCCUUGAUUGCGGUAUCGGAUCUCCCGAAGCCAUCCAGAAUAUCAUACUGCGGCAGUUAGUAGACCGACAUAACACCAGGCUUGAGCGCAUACCAUGUCCUUGUAAUGUGGCGAUCGGACUUUAUCAUACAGAGC